AUGCUAUUUCAGGGAAAAACUUGCAUUCCACCUGGCGAAGCAGGAAAAUGCUGCUCACUGAUUCAGCUGUAUAAAAAGGAUUACCAUAGAACUACAAAAGCCAUCCAAGAUGGAAAAUAUUUUUCUGAUCUGAGCAAAGAAUCUGACAGUAUAGAAGACCAAAUAAGCAAAUAUUUUAACAAUAAAAAAAUUGACGUUUUGAUGCAGAAGCUAAGUGAAAAUGAAAUCCAGAAUACUAACCUCAGGAGAAAAAUAAUUGAAAGGGAGAAACAUGUUAAAGAACUUUCAUCCAGGCUUCAGCUUGAAAAAGUCAAUGUACAGAAAGAGGACCACUUGUCAAGAUCAGUAAAGGCAGUACAAGCUCACCUGCAAUGUCAGAUUCAAAGAAAAGAAGUGGAAAAUAAGGAAUUAAAAGUGAAAAUACAGACUUUAGAAAAGAAAAUAGCGGAGUGGAAACUUCAAGUUGGUGAAUACAAGCAUCAGAUGUUAGCCUUAAAGGAAACAAGUGAGCAAAAGAAGACUGCUCUGAAAAAAGCAAUCAGGUCCCAGAAACAAAGAGCUCGGCACUUUGAAGCAGCUGUAGAAAAUUUAACCUCCAGAAUAAGAGAACGUGAAGUCAAACUGUCUGAGAUCCUGUCAGUUUCCGAUAUCUGGAAAAAUGACCAUGGUAGAAUGGUUGAAGGAAGGACAACAUUACAAAUUCAAACAGAAGAUCUUAAAAAGCAGAUCACAAGCCUUUUGGAAGACCUGAAAAGAAAGGAGAAAUGGAGAAGAAACUCAGAUGAGGAAAUUCUUGGAAAGUUAAAUUCUAUUAACUCUGAAAAUGAAAAGAUUUACCUUGAAAAUGAAAAAUUAAAGGCUUCCCUUGCUACAUUGGAAAGCAGUACUGUUUCUGUUGAAAAUGAGCUGCUAAAUCUACAAGAAAAGGCAAAGCUGCAGGAAAAUCUUGUUGAACAGUAUAAAAGUCAGGUACAAAAAUUACAAACAGCAGUGGAAGAAUUGAAAUCCAGAUAUGAAACAGUCUUAGAUGAAAACAAAAGAAUAACAGAAAACAAAUUUUUAGAAUUUGAUAAGGAGGAAGACAGUGUAGCUUCUGUGGGCAGUCAUUCCGUAGAAGAAGAAAACCAUAACAUUCAGAAGAAAUAUGAAGAUCUUAAAAGGCAAUUAGAAAAGAUGGAAUAUCAAAAUGAAGAACUUGCUUGUCAGCUCAAAAAAGAAGAUGAGACUCUUCGGUGCAGUAAAUUGCAGCUUGAACAGAAAAUUUCAGAAUAUAAUGGAUUAACUAGACAACUGGAAUCUGCUUUGGAAGAAGGGAGAAAAAUGGUAGCUGAAGAGUUGGAAAAAAUGUCAUACAAAGAGCAAGCCCUUCAGACAAAAAUGCUAAUUCUUGAAACUGAAUUGAGAGAGGGGCAAGAAGAGAAAAAACAACUCCUCUGCAUAUUUCACCAUAAUGAAAAGCACCAUGAAGUACGUUUGAAGGAGCUGGAGAACAGCCUACAGAAGUCAGAGAACAAGAACCAGAGCAUCCAGAAUUAUGUGCGCUUUUUGAAAGCUUCAUACAUAACAAUGUUUGGCUGAAUUCUUUAAUUUCAUUUAUUUAAUAAUAAAGAAACUUUUCAAGAUUUGGCUUUAACUCUUGUUGGAGGCAAGGAUGUAGAGGCCUUACAGUAUUUUGCAGGACUGAGUACUAUAAUGUUAGUUCUUCCCUAGGAAAACUUCUGCUGUGGGCAAGGAGAAGCAGGUCAGUCAUCACUAUAUAUCCUACUGGCUGGUCACGUAUGGAAAAUUUACCUGAUAUUACUGAUAUAAAUAUUUGUAUUAUUCAUGAAACAGAAGUGAAAAGGCAGACUGCGUGACAAUAGUGACAGGUUUGUAAGUGUGGGGUAUGCACACAAAGUUGUAAAUUGGUCUGUGAAUUUACCACGUGUUAGGUCUUGUGCUCUAAAAUUUUACAUGUGGCUUUAUAGGCCAUAGAAAUGCAGAUGAUCACAGAUUACCUUUCAGUUCGCAUGGGGGAAGAGAACACCCAUGGACUGGUUGCACAGUAAUUUGCAUAUUAAUAUUAUAUAUUUGUCAGUCAUUAUACUUCUGUUACUGCAGAAGUCUGGUUGCCUUAGAUAAUGAUACCUAGCCUAUGAAAACAGAUAACAUCUUAGAAAGCGUUUGGUUCCCUUCCUUUCUUUUCCCUAUAGGUUAGCACCAAUACAACAUGUGCUACUGUACUGCAUGAAAUAGUUGCCGCCACAAGGCUGUCUCAUCCAUCCUUUUUUCCCUACAUCCCGCUAUGAUCAGGAGGAUACUAUAGUAAUAUUUCAUAAAUGUAAGUAGGAAAUUAUUUUAGAUACAGGUACAGUUUAAUCUCUGGAUGUGUUGGUAUACCCUUUCAUAGUGACACAGCUCCAGUAAAGGUAUUUCAGUAUUUGUGUUUGAGUACAAGAGCUGCUGUUCUCUGAAGUGAAUAAGACUGAUUUAUGCCUCAGGUUAAGCACAUGUAAAUAUUCAGCUGGUACAGGGCUAUCACAGAAACCAAUUCUGAGAAAGUAAUUGUUUUUAUAGAUAUAUGCUGUGAUAUGUUUUUUUGAAAAGUAGUAAAUUCAGUUAAAUGUAUGUAAUUCAGAAUGUGUACUUAAAGAAGAUAUUUUUUGACUGAAAGCAUAAGUUAUUUCAUACAUGGACAAUACAUGUUUGCUAAACGUAGUAUUUCAUUGUUAGCUAUUUAUAAUGUCUAGAAUGUUGAUGUUUUUUUCUUUUAUUACAAAUGCUUAUCCAUCCUAACAAAUACUGAUAUGUGCUUAUGGUCGGCUUGUGUGCACUUUUUAAAAGUAAAAUUAUCAUUUAUUAUAUAUGACAUGCUAGUAGCAGAUAUUUCUGUUAAAAUUUGGGGGCUUUUGCAUUACAUGCACACACUUAUAACCAUAUUUAUAUUAAUUUUGUUCUGCUUGUGCUGCUUAUAAAAUAUCAAAACCUUUUUGAAGGUCAUCAUGUAGGAAAGAAAGA